AUGUACCCCACCAAGGAGACAGCCCACUGGAAGCCUCCACCCUGGAAUGCUGUGGACCCUCCGAAGGACACAAUGGUGUCAAACCUGACCCUGAACUUUGGGCCCCAGCACCCAGCAGCCCAUGGUGUGUUACGCCUGGUGAUGGAGCUGAGUGGGGAGAUGGUGCGGAAGUGUGACCCUCACAUCGGGCUGCUGCACCGAGGCACCGAGAAGCUCAUUGAAUACAAGACCUACCUGCAGGCCCUUCCGUACUUUGACCGACUGGACUACGUGUCCAUGAUGUGCAAUGAGCAGGCUUACUCGCUGGCUGUGGAGAAGUUGCUGAACAUCCGGCCUCCUCCGCGGGCACAGUGGAUCCGAGUGCUGUUUGGGGAAAUCACACGGCUGUUGAACCACAUCAUGGCUGUGACCACACAUGCCUUGGACAUUGGGGCCAUGACCCCUUUCUUCUGGAUGUUUGAAGAAAGGGAGAAGAUGUUUGAGUUCUACGAGCGAGUAUCUGGGGCUCGGAUGCAUGCGGCUUACAUCCGCCCAGGAGGUGUGCACCAGGACUUACCCCUUGGGCUUAUGGAUGACAUUUACCAGUUUUCUAAAAACUUCUCUCUUCGGAUUGAUGAGGUGGAGGAGAUGCUGACCAACAACAGGAUCUGGCGGAAUCGGACAGUUGACAUUGGGGUUGUAACUGCCGAAGACGCGCUGAACUACGGCUUUAGCGGGGUGAUGCUGCGGGGCUCAGGCAUCCAGUGGGACCUGCGGAAGACCCAGCCCUAUGACGUCUAUGACCAGGUGGACUUUGAUGUUCCAAUCGGCUCCCGAGGGGACUGCUAUGACAGGUACCUGUGCCGGGUGGAGGAGAUGCGCCAGUCCCUUCGAAUCAUCUCUCAGUGUCUGAACAAGAUGCCUCCUGGGGAGAUCAAGGUUGAUGAUGCCAAAGUGUCUCCGCCCAAGCGAGCCGAGAUGAAGACGUCUAUGGAGUCCCUGAUCCAUCACUUUAAGUUGUACACUGAGGGCUACCAGGUUCCUCCGGGGGCCACGUACACAGCCAUUGAGGCUCCUAAGGGAGAGUUUGGGGUGUACCUGGUGUCUGAUGGCAGCAGCCGCCCUUAUCGAUGCAAGAUCAAGGCUCCUGGUUUUGCCCACCUGGCUGGUUUGGACAAGAUGUCUAAAGGACACAUGCUGGCAGAUGUCGUUGCCAUCAUAGGCACCCAGGAUAUUGUGUUUGGCGAAGUCGACCGGUGA